CUCGUCACGCAGCGUCAGUCUGGAGUCGCACAAUUAUGAAAAAGCAACCUUCCGUUGGAGCUGCAGCCGAAGCGGAUCUCUCCAGCCUCCACCGAGCUUUCCUCCCAAGGCUAACCGAGAGCACCGGCGAUAGAUGGAUAAAAGCCACGACACAGCUCUUCCUGAGUCUCAACGGUGAAGAGAAUGUCCCAGAAACCCUGGAUAGAAAGCACUUUCACCAAGAGGGAAUGUGUGUACGUACUUCCAGUGUCAAAGGACCCCCACAGAUGCCUUCCAGGAUGCCAGAUCUGCCAGCAGCUGGUCCGGUGCUGCUGUGGGCGGCUGGUGCGGCAGCAUGUUGGCUUCACAGCCAGCCUGGCCACCAAGUACUCGGACGUGAAGCUGGGUGAAAACCCCAGCCUCACUAUGCCCGAGCUGGAGGAGUGGUCGGUGGAAAAACACACAGAGGCGAGCCCCACUGACGCCUAUGGUGUCAUCAACUUCCAGGGAGGGUCUCACUCAUACAGAGCCAAGUAUGUGCGUUUGUCCCACGACUCGCGGCCGGAGAGCACCCUGCGCCUGAUGCUGAAGGAGUGGCAUAUGGAGCUACCCAAGAUCCUCAUCUCUGUCCAUGGAGGAGUUCAGAACUUUGAGCUCCACCCGCGUAUCAAGCAGGUGGUGGGCAAGGGCCUCAUCAAAGCUGCAGUCACCACUGGGGCCUGGAUUCUCACCGGAGGGGUCAACACAGGUGUGGCAAAGCAUGUGGGUGAUGCUCUCAAAGAGCACUGUUCCAGAUCAUCAAAGAAAAUUUGCACUAUCGGGAUCUCGCCCUGGGGAGUCAUUGAAAACAGGAACGAUCUCAUCGGCAGAGACAUCAUCGCUCCGUAUCAGACACUACUGAACCCUCUAAGCAAACUCAAUGUUCUCAACAAUCUUCAUUCCCAUUUCCUCCUGGUGGACGACGGGACAGUGGGCAAGUACGGCGCUGAGGUCAAACUGCGGCGGGACCUGGAGAAGCACAUCAACCUCCAAAGAAUACAUGCACGUAUUGGUCAGGGGGUUCCUGUUGUGGCCCUCAUCCUUGAGGGAGGUCCCAAUGUGAUUCUGACUGUGCUGGAGUACCUUCAGGAGAGCCCUCCUGUCCCAGUGGUGGUGUGUGAGGGGACGGGGCGAGCAGCGGACAUUUUGGCCUACGUUCACAAGCAGACCGAGGAGGGAGGCGGUCUUCCUGAUGGAGUGGAGACUGACAUCAUCGCAACCAUCAAGAAAACCUUCAACUUCAGCCAGAGCGACGCCAUCCACCUCUUUCAAACUCUAAUGGAGUGCAUGAAGAGCAAAGAACUGAUCACUGUGUUUCACAUCAGCUCAGAGGAUCACCAGGACAUUGAUGUAGCCAUUCUGAGGGCAUUACUCCAAGGCACAAAUGCAUCUGCCUUCGAUCAGCUGGUCCUGACUCUGGCCUGGGAUCGUGUAGACAUUGCCAAGAAUCAUGUGUUUGUGUACGGACGGCAGCUCCUGGUGAGCUCUCUGGAGCAAGCCAUGCUGGAUGCACUGGUGAUGGACAGGGUGGAUUUUGUCAAGUUGCUUAUAGAAAAUGGUGUGAGCAUGCACCGUUUUCUGACAAUCAGUCGGCUGGAGGAGCUCUACAACACGAAACAGCAUCCCAACAACCCAACACUCCUCCACCUGGUUAGAGAUGUUAAACAGAGUCAUCUGCCUCCAAAUUAUAAAAUCACUUUGAUUGACGUGGGUCUGGUUAUUGAGUUCCUCAUGGGCGGGACUUACCGGUGCAACUACACCAGGAAACGCUUCCGAAUCAUUUACAACAAUCUCCAUGGCAACAAUAGGAGAUCAGGGCGCCAUUCAGCAGGUUCUGGCUCUCAUUUGAGGAAAAGCCAUGAGGCUUUCAGCAUGCAGGCUGACAAGAAGGAGAAGACGAGGCACAACCACUUCAUUAAGACUGCACAGCCGUACAAACCCAAGCCCGAGUCUUCCACAGAGCAGAACAAAAAGAGGAGCAAAGAAGAGAUUGUGGACAUAGACGACCCAGAGACGCGGCGGUUCCCCUACCCUUUCAAUGAGCUCUUGGUGUGGGCUGUGCUGAUGAAGAGACAGAAAAUGUCGCUGUUCUUCUGGCAGCAUGGUGAGGAAAACAUGGCAAAGGCACUGGUGGCCUGUAAACUGUGCCGCUCGAUGGGAUACGAGGCCAAGAAGAGCGACGUGGUAGAUGACACGUCAGAGGAGCUCAAGGAGUAUUCAAAUGAGUUUGGGACACUAGCUGUGGACCUGCUCGAGCAGUCAUUCAGACAGGACGAGACCAUGGCCAUGAAGCUGCUCACCUACGAGCUGAAGAAUUGGAGCAACUCUACCUGUUUGAAGCUGGCUGUCUCCUCCCACUUAAGGCCUUUUGUGGCUCACACCUGCACCCAGAUGCUGCUGUCGGACAUGUGGAUGGGACGGCUGAACAUGCGCAAGAACUCCUGGUACAAGGUGAUUCUGAGUAUGUUGGUGCCUCCUGCCAUCCUUCUGUUGGAGUACAAAUCCAAGGCUGAGAUGGCUCACAUCCCUCAGAGUCAGGAUGAUCACCAGAUGACCAUGGAGGACAGCGAACACAACUUUCAGAACAUACCUGAAGACAUCCAAAUGGAUGUGUUCAAGGAGACCAGAUCCCAAGACCAAGUGGAGGUGAAAAAUGACAUGGAGCCGCUCGUUCGAACCAGGAAGCUGCCGUUAACUAGGAAGAUUUAUGCCUUCUACCACGCUCCCAUUGUCAAGUUCUGGUCCAACACGCUCUUCUACCUGGGCUUCUUGAUGUUCUAUUCGUAUGUGGUCCUUGUGAAAAUGCCCGAAUCGCCUUCAGCUCAAGAGUGGGUGGUCAUCCUCUACAUCUUCACCUCUGCCAUUGAGAAAAUUCGAGAGAUGUUCAUGUCUGAAGCUGGCAAAAUAAGCCAGAAGAUAAAGGUGUGGUUCAGUGACUAUUUCAACUUGUCCGAUUUUCUGGCCAUUGUGAUCUUCUUCAUCGGCUUUGGCCUGAGGUUGGGCGGAGGCGAUGCCUUUGUCCCUGGCCGGACAGUUUACUGUCUCAAUAUCAUCUUCUGGUAUGUGCGACUCCUGGAUAUCCUGGCUGUCAACCAACAAGCUGGACCUUAUGUCAUGAUGAUCGCUAAAAUGGUGGCGAACAUGUUUUAUAUUGUAGUUAUAAUGGCGAUAGUCCUGUUGAGUUAUGGCGUACCCAGGAAAGCUAUUCUGUACCCAGCAGAGGAGGCAAGUUGGACACUGGCCAAAGAUGUGGUUUUCCAGCCGUACUGGAUGAUGUACGGGGAAGUGUAUGCCUAUGAAAUCGAUGUGUGUGCCAACAACAGUGACUCAUCAGUGAAGCCCCUGUGUACGGCAGGAGUGUGGCUGACUCCUCUCCUACAAGCAGUCUACCUCUUUGUACAGUAUAUACUUAUGGUCAACCUUCUCAUUGCCUUCUUUAACAAUGUGUAUAUUCAAGUGAAGUCCAUUUCUAAUCUGGUUUGGAAGUACCAGCGCUACCACUUCAUUAUGGCCUACCACGAGAAGCCUGUCCUCCCACCGCCCUUCAUCCUCCUCUGCCAUAUCUACUCCCUCUUCUGUAUGUGUCGAAAGAGGAAGAAGGAGAAUACCUACGGACCAAAGCUGUUUCUAACUGAGGAAGAUCAAAAGAAGCUUCACGAUUUUGAGGAGCAGUGUGUGGAGACAUACUUCCAUGAAAAAGAUGAUCAGUUUCACUCGGGGAGUGAGGAGAGAAUACGUCUUACCUCAGAAAGAGUUGAGACCAUGUGUUUGCAGCUGAGGGAGGUCGGGAACAAGGUCACCUUUAUAAAACGCUCUUUGCACACUCUGGACUCUCAGAUCGGCCACCUGCAGGACCUCUCAGCUCUAACUGUGGAUACUCUGAAGACCCUCACUGCCCAGAGGGCGUCGGAGGCCAGCAAGGUCCACAAUCAGAUCACCCGGGAACUCAGCCUGUCUAAAAAUGUGGGCCCCAGCAUCGCGCCUGUGGCAUCCGACACAGGCCCCCACUCUAAAUCGUCCGGGAUAGGCAAACGCAGUGCAGGGCCCUACUUCGCCUCCUCUUUCCCCGAAACGGGAGUCGAUAUAGCAGAUUCUCUGUUCGGGAUUGGUGUAGGGGGAGGGGCUGGAACGGAAGGUGGCAGGCGAGUCGGGCCCACCCCUGGAGCAGAACAGGGGCUGGACCCCAACCUCAACCCAGCGAGUCCAGAGAGGAGGGACUUGUUUGGCCUCGGCCACCUUGCUGCAGAGGCUAGCUGCUCAGGCAGUGCUGGCUCCAGUGCCGGCUCCAGUGCCUUUGUCCAUAGUGCUGCGGCCUUUUCCCCUCCGGAGCUGCGUCUCCGAGGCCGCUCUCUCACUCAGAGUAAGCUGACCCGUCCACAAGAGCCGGGCUUUUCCGACUCCCCAUCCAGCCUACCCAACGUACCCUCCCCCGGAGCUCAGUUCCAUAUCAGCAGCACCCCUUCCCAGCCCAGUGGCUCCAGCCACCCGGAGCUCGCUCUGGCUAGGCUUUACCAGCAACCUCUCGAACCAGACAGCACCACUGUAGAGUUUGGUGCAUUUGUUGGACAUAAAGAUAAUCUGGACGUCCAGCACUCAACACCAAAAGAGACCUCCUCCUCCAGCAGACAGCAAAGCCCGGCCACAAAGACCAGAUCACAGGCUCAUCCUGAAAGUCUUGGUCACAUCAGAGCUGUCAACUCUUAUGCUGGUUUCACAGAGUUUGACAGAAAACCAGCUUUUCUCCAUCCUGACUCCAAUCUGAAGAAGAGGGACAGAAGCAGAGUGUCGGCUGAAGACAUCCUCAUCCAUGAGGACCCCAGGGCUUCAGUAUUGGAAAAAGUUCAGGUCAAAUCAGCCCAAGCCAGCAGCCUAAGAGCCCCGGGCGAGGAUACUCCAAAUGUUCCAGCUGCAGUUUCUCUCUACACGCCACGCCACGCCCACCUGGGAGCCAGGAAGGACUCUAUUGGCUCUCCUUUCAAGCCCAUGGAAAGCUACACUGUUGAACGCAACAACUUGAUGAGGCUGUCGCAGAGCAUCCCUUUCACUCCUGUGCCCCUAGAGGUGAGUCUGGGGGAGCCGGUGACCGUGUACCGACUGGAGGAGAGUUCUCCCAACACCAUCAACAACAGCAUGUCUUCCUCCCAGCGGGGCCUCUGUGCCAAAAUAGAGUUCCUCAGCAAGGAGGAGAUGGGUGGAGGACUCCGGCGAGCCCUCAAGGUGCUCUGCACCUGGUCAGAGUACGACCUCCUGAAACCAGGUCACCUGUAUAUAGUCAAGUCCUUCCUUCCCGAGGUGGUCCAGACCUGGCAGAGUAUCUACAAAGAGGACACUGUGCUGCACCUUUGUCUCAGGUCGGGGAGAUUCUGACAGAUCCUUCGGUCAUAAAGAGCGGAGAGAAGGGAUCAUAUGAUAUGAUAUUUGGACCGGCCAACCUGGGGGAUGAUGCCAUCAGGAACUUCCGCGCAAAACACCACUGCAACUCCUGCUGUCGCAAACUCAAACUUCCUGACCUGAAGAGGAACGAGUACACACCAGACAAGGUGACGUUCCCACAAGAAGACCCCCCCAACCCGGGGGCCGGCGCCAAGGAGUCCCGCCAAUCAAUGAGGUUGAUGCUGUGAUGAGCUCAGGGUGAGAGAGAGAGAGGAUGAGAACAAUCACGCGGCCGCACUGUUCGGAUUUUGACUUGAGUCGAAGCCAAGGAGGAGAAAUGUGCAUCCAAUCAACUGGAAGAACCACACCUGGGUUUCCAUGAAAACCAGUGCAUGCAGACUGUGUCAUGUUUUUGUUAUUCCCACCGAAAUGCUGUGCUACACACAAUUCAAGCAUUGCAACCUUUGUUUUGUAGCACAUACACGCAGGGGAAUAUUGUGUACACAUUUACACAUAUAAAUAUAUAUAUAUAAUAUAAAAACUGGAUAUAUCGACAGGUACAAUAUCAUUGCAGAAGAUUUAUUAUUUAUUAUGUUUGAGAAGUUGCUGUGUUUUAAAGAAAAGGAGAAAAAAUGAAAUUAACAAAUCAAGUGCACUGCGCUUCCGUUACAGCAGCUUCAGAGAGGACGGCCUGCUGACACUCAGUCACUGCAGGUAGUUGCCAUCAGAUCAUUUUUAUAAAUGUGUAAAGACUUGUAUCACAGAUUUUUGUCAAUUACUUAAUGAAAAUAUACAUGAAUUUGAAAAUCUUGUAAAAUAUGGGCAGAUUGCAAUGCAACUUUUACAGAACAUUGUAUGUAAUUUUAUUGUAUUGAAAGUGUGUCAACCAAAAUAUUACUGAUAGUUUUUAUUGUUACAAAGGUACUACUGCUAUAUCUUUGUCAUCAACUAUUGUAUGAGCAAUCUAGUGUAUCUUAUAGAUACUGUUAUCUGGCAUGAGCUGAACAGAUUCAAAUAUUUUAUUCAGGGGAACUGUCAAACGUAAGGGUAUUACUGUAUACAUUUUGUACUGGAUAUCAUUUUAAACAAAUAAAAUGGAAAUAAAAAAGAAA